UUCCCCUCCGCGCCGCCCCGCCCCGCCUGCGAACCCAAACACUGAGCCGCGCUGCGCGAGCCGCGCGAGACGCGCCGCCGCCGCCGCCGCCGCCGCCGCCGAGCCCAGCGCGCCUGUGCCUGCGCGGCCCCCGCCGCCGCGGCCGAGCGAUGCUGCUGCUGGCGGCCGCCUUCCUCGUGGCCUUCGUGCUGCUGCUCUACAUGGUGUCUCCGCUCAUCAGCCCCAAGCCCCUCGCCCUGCCUGGGGCGCAUGUGGUGGUUACAGGAGGUUCCAGUGGCAUUGGGAAGUGCAUUGCUAUCGAGUGCUAUAAACAGGGAGCAUUUAUUACUCUGGUUGCACGAAAUGAGGACAAGCUGCUGCAGGCAAAGAAGGAAAUUGAAAAGCACUCUAUUAAUGAUAAACAGGUGGUGCUUUGUAUAUCAGUUGAUGUAUGUCAAGACUAUAACCAAGUAGAAAAUGUCAUAAAACAAGCACAGGAGAAACUGGGUCCAGUGGACAUGCUUGUAAACUGUGCAGGAAUGUCACUGUCAGGAAAAUUUGAAGAUCUUGAAGUUAGUACUUUUGAAAGAUUAAUGAGCAUCAAUUACCUGGGCAGCGUGUACCCCAGCCGAGCGGUGAUCACCACCAUGAAGGAGCGCCGGGUGGGCAGGAUCGUGUUUGUGUCCUCCCAGGCGGGACAGCUGGGACUGUUCGGCUUCACGGCCUACUCUUCGUCCAAGUUCGCCUUGAGGGGACUGGCUGAAGCUUUGCAGAUGGAGGUGAAGCCGUACAACGUCUACGUCACAGUUGCCUACCCGCCAGACACAGACACCCCUGGGCUAGCCGAAGAAAACAAAACCAAGCCUUUGGAGACUCGACUCAUUUCAGAGACCUCAUCUGUUUGCAAACCAGAACAGGUGGCCAAACAAAUUGUUAAAGAUGCCAUACAAGGAAAUUUUAAUAGUUCCAUUGGCUCAGAUGGAUACAUGCUCUCGGCCCUGACCUGUGGGAUGGCUCCAGUCACUUCUAUUACUGAAGGGCUUCAGCAGGUGGUCACCAUGGGCCUUUUCCGCACCAUUGCUUUGUUUUACCUUGGAAGUUUCGAUAGCAUAGUCCGUCGCUGCAUGAUGCAGAGAGAAAAAUCUGAAAUCACAGAUAAAACUGCCUAAUUCCUACCCCUUGGAAGAAGACUGUUUCCAAAUAAUUUGGACAUCUUGCUGCUAAAUGGGACCCAAUUUUUGGCCUAUAGACACUUACGUAUUGUUUUUGAAUAUGUGAGAUUGGACUGGUGCUCUUCAGAAAUCUGGCUGCAAGCAAGGAGAUAGAAGCUCAACUCCAGACAAUAUUAUUAAUACUAUGCAAAUAUGGAAUAGGAGCUCUGAGAUGGAGAGGUGAUGGUAUGAGAACUAGUAGCAUGUGAACAAGGUAAAGAACAGAAUUCCAGAAUGAUAAUUUAAAAUUUUUUUUCUAAUUAUUCUUUUUUCCCCCCCAUAGAGAUCAAAUCCAGAAAGGUACUUUAUGGCACCGUAAGAAGUCUUGAGAACUUUUCUAACCUUCCAUGAAAGGCAGUUUAUGGGUUUCUGGGACUUUUUUUUUUUUUUUUUUAACUUGAUGUAUUUUAUUCCAGAUUAGUUUUACUCAUUGCCAAUGACUCUGAAUGUCACUGACACCUGUGCUGCUGGUGGCAACUCGUGGCUUCUCUCUCUCUUUGAUCCCAUAAAGCCACAAGGGGGAUGGGAGAGGGCAGUGCAGUGGAAGGUAAGGAGAUGGAUAUUUUCCAGUAGGAAAAACAGUAGUUUCUUGUCUUCUUUAGAUUUGACUGCGUAGGGAACUUUUCAUUCUUCUCUCAUGGGGAAAGGCAGCCUCCUUAAAUGUUUUCUGAAGAGAAAUAAAAUCUUAGAAGCUUAAAAGUUUACAAUUUCUUCAAUAGCCAUGAUGACCUGAAGUUCACCUAUUCCAGUUUAGUGUCUACUUGUUCUUCCCAUCUCUUCCUUUCCAAUUUUGCUUACACUGCUGUAAUAUUUUUGUAAAAAAAAAAAAAAAGAAGGAAAGAAAAAAGACCAGUUAAAAUUUUUGACUUGACUUUUUAAAUUAAUUCAUGAAUUAAUUAAAACAAA